GCUUCCUAGUCAUCGCUUUAAUCAGGCGGGAGUUGCCGGGAAGCUUACACAGAUAGUUGCCGCGGGUACUAUCAUGAACUCAUUUCAUCGGUAGACGCGUUCUAAAUCGUUCAAACCACUACCUAAUUUGCCACAUACAUCAAUCAAUAUGUUUAUCAUAUCGAUCCUACCCGCAUAAACAUCCAUUUAGAAACUUAAAAAUACAUUUUAUUGGAUAGGCGCAAUCAUGGGUGGCCAAGCUUUCGCAUCGGGUGAAGAUCCCCUCUACACUCCGCGGAUGUCUCCUGCCGCAUAUCAGCACGUCCUCAACUAUUGCCACACCAAACUACGGGAGCUUUUCGUCGCAGUAGCUACACCGAUUCCCGGACCUGCUAAGGAUAGUUAUGGUGAUAUUGAUAUUUUCGUCACAUGGGAAAAGAAUACUAUCUUUCCAUCCUCUCAAGCCAUAAACCCGCUUUCGCCGAUCGCAUCACCAAAUCAUGAUAUCCUCCAGGCAGCAGCACAACUUCUCAACGCCAAACGACAUAUUAGAGAACAGCAGAACGUCAUCAACCUAGCUAUACCAUGGCCUGAUAACCUACACGAGGAAACAAGCACCGAUAACUCACAACUCAAUGGGGAUGCGGUCGCACCUCGCUACAUCCAAGUUGACCUCCACCUAUGCGAUUCAAUCGAGCAGCUUCAAUGGAUGUUAGUCAGGAACUCCCACGGCGGCGUCUUACUCCUCAUCGGCAGCACGAUCCGACCCUACGGACUCACACUCAGCGAACACGGCCUAUACAUCCGGAUCCCCGAAAUCGAAAGUCUAAACAAAAAGCAAGGUAAGAUCCUCCUCAGCGACGACCCCAUCGCCGUUUUCGAUUUCCUAGGCCUAGACUACCAAGGUACACAAUGGGAAGAGCCCUUCGCAUCGGUAGAAGAAUUAUUUGAAUACGCCGCCACAUGUCGCUUCUUCUGGGUUCGUCCGGCGGAAGACGAUGGCUUGAAUGGGGGCGGCGAGGUGGACCAGAGUAAGAUGCAUUCCAAAGAACGCCAGACGAUGAGACAACAUCCCUUUUUCCGAAAAUGGGUCCAUGAAUUCAUACCCGCAUGUCGAGAAUCAGGACGCAUCGGAACAACCACCGCAACACGAGACUCCGUGCGCGCGGAAGCAUUCGCUCGCUUCCCGGGCGCACAACAAGCUUAUGAAACGCGCCUCCUUGAAUGGCGCAAGGAGCAGCAACGCGUAUGGCUUUUUCGGGGAGUUAUAAAGCCGGCCGUUCCAAGAGUUGAGGGAGAGGAACCGAGUCAGGUUGAUAUGAUGUGGCGGAGCAAGGCCGGUAACGCGCUCAAGAAGAUCAUCAUGCAGGAUGAUUAUAAGCUUGGUAUACGUCCAUCUACACCGCUACGCGAUGAAACGGGGAUGUAUGACGAGGAACGGGUGAAACAGUUUGUCAUAGACAACUGGAAGCAAGUUGAAGAAGCCGUGCAGAGGGCCGAUCGGAUACAGUGCGCUAAGAAGAAAGAGGCGAAAGAGGCAAAAGAGGCUGAGGGUAUAUCGUAGGGUAUGUAGAAGCGCAUAUUCGCGGAGGAACUUGUUAAGAUGACUGGCUCCCGGUAGCUUGGUAACGAGAAAAAGGAAGCAAAGAAGGA